AUGUCAGGCUUUGACUACGUUGAGAUACCGUCACAUGCAAAGCGACUUGACUCGAUAUCACAGACAUCUCGCGAACAUGAGGCGACACGGCCGACACCCAAAGUUACGACCUCUCUUCCUCACCCAGAAUCGAUCCCGGAUUCGCCUAUGUCUUCGCCAAUUGCACAGGCUACCUCUCCCUCGCGAUCUGUUUUCGGAAACCUUCCGGGCCUGUUGCUAGCAUCAACCCUCCAGCUCUCUGCGAAUGUUCCUCCAGGAAAUAUGCGCAAUAAUGUGAAUCUAAUGUCGACGCGAGAUCCCCUUUCUGUGCCUAUCACUACGGCGCACUUCCGCCGCUUCGUCGCACGAGUGGGGCCUGUAUUUUGGUUCCAGGAUCGGAUCGAGGAGGUCGUCAUGUGGAGGAAAGGGUGGAAGGUCACCGGUGCAUGGAUGGCAGGAUACGCAUUCAUAUGUUAUUUCCCUCGAUUAAUCCUUCUUCUCCCUCAUGCAAUUAUACUCGGGAUACUACUAGCUACGCAUCCCUCUCGUCGGUCUCCAGACCCGGAAACAGUCGACGAAUCUCCUCAGCUUCAGCCUCCACCAAGAGCCGCUGCACGCGAGGGCAGCGCGGACUGGCUCAGCAAUAUUCAGGCCAUCCAGAAUCUCAUGGGCAUCUUCUCCGACGUUUAUGAUGCCAUCUUCCCAUAUAUUCUGCAUUUAACUUAUUCUACCCCAUAUACCCCUCACAUUCUCACAAUCACAUUUCUUACAUUUCUCCUCGCCCUCCCCUUGCUCCCUCUGGUCCCCCUCCGCCCACUAUUCCUUGCGGCCGGCCUACUACCCUUUCUCCUCACUCAUCCAAUAUCCCAGCGCACCCUCCCCAUCCUCGUCUCCAAUUUGCCCCUCCAGCGCGUAAAUGCCUCUCUAGUUCGGGCCGUCGACGACGACCGGUUGAAAGACUCGCACUGGCGCAGCCCUCUCCGCGACGUCGAACUGUUCGAGAACGAGCGGUGGGUACCAAGCGACGUGGGCACUUCCGGCGGAUGGGGGAAAGUCCACCUCAAGCCUGGCGAGCGCGUCGCGUGGACGCGUGGACGCGACGGCUGGAGCGGGGUCUCCGCGGACGGCGGCGGGAAUGUGAGUAGCAAUCUCACCUUCGCACUUGAUGCGGGAUGGGCGUUUGUCGAGACCGAGGACUGGCGUGCCGAUGUCGAGGCUCGAUGGAGUGCGGUGGGCGCAGAUGAGCUCGGAUGGGUGUAUACAAACGAUGCAUGGCUGGAACCGCGAGUUGCUCCGUCAGAGGAGUGGAAGGUUGUAGGAGGGAUGACUCGGCGACGACGUUGGACGAGGAGAAUUUACCUGAAUCCUAUCAGUGUACAAUAG